AUGAGUAACCGGAUAGCACGAACUCGUAAGAUCAAGGAAACAGAGACUGGCUCAGUGGACAGUAGAGGUGGUAGUGGGACGAUGGAUACAGAAAAAAUGAUAGUAUUGACCUGGGAAAACAAAAUGGCUUCGAAGGUCCAGCACUCUGGAGAUCAGCAGCAGGUAGACUCUACUAGCUCAACAAGACCCUUGCGACACAGCUUUGGGAAUCGGCAGCUCAUAUCACGCUCUCGAAACUUGUACCGGAUUUGGAGAAGCCAUACACUGCAUCAAAUCCAAGUCGGAUCAACCCUUUGA